GUUUAUUUCAUAUUGGAAAUCGGAGCAAUCGAGCCUCGGAGAUGCAGCAACUCAGCCUGUAGCUGACCCGAGAAUCCCCGCAAUGGCCACCUGUCAAACACAACUCACGGACGGGGAAUCCAAAUGGAUGCUGUUUUGGCCUGCGAGAUGUCUGUUGCAGUUCUGCCAACAAACGAUCUCGGAGACGUGCCAGUUAUCAAUGAGGCGCCAUCCUCUAUGUCGGGGUCAUAUGGAUUCGUCAGAACUGUUGAUGAAGCACCUUACUGCAUGUCGGCUCCCCUUAUACCACCCAUAUCCCCACUCCUGGGACAAGCUUCUCCAUUAGUAAGACCAUCUUCCCUAGCUUGGCGCACGCCUUCCACUCAGCGACUCCCAACCAUCGGGUGGUAUCCUACAACGAGAAUCGGAAUCCUCCGGUGCCAGACAGCUCGCAUAGCGCCGUUAACUAUGGAGAUGUUGGGCCUACAGCCCUCUAUCCACACUUCAACGUCGCGAGUUUGCUUAGAGAUCUGGCUUGGGAUAUGGGAUACUGCCUCAUCCCUCGGGGAGCCAGCAUUUCCGAUGGUGGCGCUCUUUUCAUUUAAUGGUUUGAGCCCGAUUCUAUCCCCAAUGGCUUCAGUGUUUGGAUGUCCCGCGCCAUAAGUUCGAUCCUCGAGUGCUUGUGAGGCUCGCGACCUCGCGCAUUUUUUUUUUUGCUCUCGUACCUGUGUUAGUUAGUCAUCCGAUUCCUUACUUGGUCUCAAGGCGAUCGACUUAUCAGCUAGCAUCGCACUGUCCCUGCUCUCCAAAAGCGGUUGUUCUUGAGUUCUGGGAGUGAACCAAUUAAACAUGUUUCCUCGUGCACUCACAAUAUUGUGUACGUCUCCAAUAUUGCUUCGGAAGCAAGGCUAGCUCGGCUCCGUCCACUAGGGAUUAGUGAUUCCCUUGAUUCUUCUGCAGUCC